AUGUGGCGGCUAGAGAGGAGCAGGAGACUGACCUGGACGAGGUGUCAGCGGGUCAGGGCGUCCUCCUCCGCAUGUAAAGGAAACGCCGCCACUUGUUGCCGGAAUGAUGACACAUGCGCGUUGUGGUGUCAAGAGCGGUGUAUCGUGAUGCUCCUCCUCCCUUGCGGUUCAUUCACUGAGAAACCCUCUUGGAUGGAUCGUAAGGAUGACUCAGAGGGUACUUGGGUCGUUCCCAUGGCUGAGUACUACACAACGGUGUAG